UUUCGGCUCCUUUCUCUCACACUCUACUACUAUCAUUUUUUUUUUUUUUAAACACCAAAGCUCUCUCCUCAUUCUUGAAUCUUGAAUCUUCUUCUUCUACAGAGCAAUUUCUCUGUUACUCUCUGUAGCAUUUCGUCUUCGUCGUUGUAGAAAUGGCGAAGAAGUACGUGAGAGAGAACGUGCCUCUCUCGCGGUUCGGCGUGCUGGUUGCGCAAUUGGAGUCCAUAGUCGCCUCCGCCGCCCAGCAGCCUCCGGACGCUCUCCUCUGCUUCGAUCUCCUCUCUGAUCUCAUCUCCGCCAUCGACGAAGAGCCUAAGGAGUCUAUAUUGUUGUGGCAAAGAAAAUGUGAGGAUGCGCUAUAUUCCUUACUCAUUCUUGGUGCUCGACGGCCUAUGCGACAUUUGGCAUCGGUGGCGAUGGCAAUGAUUAUAUUUAAGGGAGAUCCCAUUUCGAUAUACUCCAGAGUGAGCAGUCUCCAAGGGUUUCUUUCUGAUGGGAAGAAAAGUGAGCCUCAGAGAGUUGCAGGUGUUGCUCAAUGCCUAGGAGAAUUAUACAAGCAUUUUGGGAGACGAAUUACCGCAGGUUUAUUUGAAACGACUACUAUUGCAACAAAACUUAUCAAGUUUCAUGAGGACUUUGUGAGACAGGAGGCUCUACAUAUGCUUCAAAAUGCUUUGGAAGGCUCUGGUGGUAGUGCUGCUUCUUCAGCAUAUACUGAAGCAUACCGUCUUAUCAUGCGAUUUGCCAUUGUGGAUAAGUCAUUUGUUGUUAGAAUAGCGGCAGCGAGAUGUCUCAAGGCAUUUGCCAGCAUUGGAGGGCCUGGUUUAGGCUUGGGUGAACUUGAUAACUCAGCCGCUUAUUGUGUGAAGGCACUAGAGGAUCCUGUUUCAUCUGUUCGGGAUGCAUUUGCAGAAGCUUUGGGCUCCUUGCUUGCUCUCGGAAUGAAUCCUGAGGCACAGGUUCAACCAAGGGGAAAAGGUCCUUUUCCUCCAGCAAAGAAAUUAGAAGGUGGUUUGCAAAGGCAUUUAGCUUUGCCCUUCACAAAAGCAAGUGGAGCUCGCUCUAAGGAUAUACGAGUUGGCUUAACCUUGUCUUGGGUAUUCUUUUUACAGGCUAUUCGUCUAAAGUAUCAGCAUCCAGAUAGUGAGCUUCAAAACUUUGCUUUGCAAGUUAUGGACAUGCUUGGUGCUGAUACUUGUAUUGAUGCCCAUCCAUUGGCAUGUGUUCUCUACAUCCUUCGGGUUGGCAUAACUGAUCAGAUGACAGAACCCACUCAAAGGAACUUUUUGGUUUUCCUUGGAACGCAGCUUCAGUCCCAUGAUGCUAGCCCUUCCAUGAAAGCUUCUGCCUUACGUACAUUGUCAUAUACCCUGAAAACACUGGGAGAGGUUCCAUUUGAAUUCAAGGAAGUUCUUGAUAACACGGUUAUGGCAGCAAUAUCUCAUCCUGCACAACUUGUACGCGUUGAGGCUGCUUUGGCAUUGCGUGCAUUGGCUGAGGUUGAUCCAACCUGUGUUGGUGGUUUGAUUUCUUAUGGGGUGACCACGCUAAAUGCUUUGAGAGAGAAUGUUUCUUUUGAAAAGGGAAGCAAUUUGCAAUUUGACCUUGAUUCUUUGCAUGGGCAAGCUACUGUGUUGGCAGCCUUGGUUUCCAUUUCACCAAAGUUACCUCAUGGUUAUCCAGCUAGAUUGCCCAGAUCAGUGCUCGAAGUUUCAAAAAAGAUGCUGACGGAAUCUAGUCGAAACCCUGUGGCCUCCACAGUUGAAAAAGAAGCUGGAUGGUUACUUUUGUCAUCACUGUUAGCUUCCAUGCCAAAGGAGCAGGAGCUUGAAGACCAGGUUUUUGAUAUUCUUUCCUUAUGGGUUACUGUGUUCAGUGGAAAUCCUGCACAUGAAAUCGUGCAAACUGGAGAUUUAACAUUUAGGAUACGUGUAUGGUCUGCUGCAGUUGAUGCACUCACGGCAUUUGUAAGGUGCUUUAUUUCUCCUAAUGCUGCGAACAGUAGAAUUUUACUUCAACCAGUGCUUGUAUACCUCAGUAGUGCUUUAUCCUACAUUUCAGUGGCAACAGCUAAAGAGAUGCCAAAUUUGAAGUCUGCAGUAGACAUACUUAUAAUCAAGACUUUAAUUGCUCAUCAGUCGCUGCCUGAUCCAUUGACAUAUAAGAGUGACCACCCCCGGAUUAUUCAGUUGUGCACAACUCCUUUCAGAGUUGCUUCUGGAUGUGAGGAAAGUUCAUGCUUGCGGUUGCUGUUAGACAAGCGAGAUGCGUGGUUGGGUCCCUGGAUUCCUGGAAGAGAUUGGUUUGAAGAUGAACUUCGGGCUUUUCAAGGUGGAAAAGAUGGCCUAAUACCUUGCGUAUGGGAGAACGAGCUUUCUAGUUUUCCUCAGCCGGAGACAAUAAGCAAGACAUUGGUGAACCAGAUGCUUCUGUGUUUUGGAGUAAUAUUUGCUGCUCAGGAUAGUAGUGGGAUGCUCGCACUUCUUGGAAUAAUAGAGCAGUGUUUGAAAGCUGGAAAGAAACAAUCAUGGCAUGCAGCCAGUGUCACCAAUAUAUGUGUGGGGUUGCUAACUGGAUUCAAGGCUUUGCUUUCAUUACGUCCCCAACCACUAGGACCAGAAAUCAUAAGUUCAGCACAGUCUAUUUUUCAGAGUAUUCUGGCAGAGGGAGACAUUUGUGGGUCACAACGUAGAGCAUCGUCUGAAGGUCUUGGUCUUUUAGCUCGCCUUGGAAAUGAUAUUUUUACAGCAAGAAUGACUAGAUUGUUGCUUGGUGACCUAAGUGGAGCAAUAGACCCAAACUAUUCUGGAUCAAUUGCUAUGGCACUUGGCUGCAUCCAUCGCAGUGCAGGAGGAAUGGCUUUGUCAACUUUGGUGCCUGCAACCGUGAGCUCAAUCUCUUUGCUGGCUAAAAGUUCUUUAGCUGGUUUGCAGAUCUGGUCUUUGCAUGGACUUCUUUUGACCAUUGAAGCUGCUGGUUUGUCCUUUGUAUCUCAUGUCCAGGCCACACUUGGCCUUGCCAUGGACAUUCUUUUGUCUGAGGAGAAUGGAUGGGUUGAGCUUCAGCAAGGAGUAGGCCGCCUCAUAAAUGCUAUUGUUGCUGUUCUUGGUCCUGAACUUUCUCCAGGAAGCAUUUUCUUUUCACGCUGCAAGUCUGUUGUUGCAGAGAUAACCUGCCAAGAAACAGCAACAAUGCUAGAGAGUGUACGCUUUACACAACAACUUGUCCUUUUUGCACCACAAGCUGUGUCAGUGCACUUGCAUGUUCAAACUCUUCUCCCGACACUAUCCUCAAGACAGCCAACUUUAAGGCAUCUUGCUGUCUCUACUCUGCGACAUCUCAUAGAAAAGGAUCCCGUUUCCAUCAUUGAUGAGCAAAUAGAAGAUAAUUUGUUCCAUAUGCUGGAUGAAGAAACUAAUUCUGAGAUUGGGAAUCUGGCACGUACCACAAUUAUGCGAUUGCUAUAUGCAUCGUGCCCUUUACGUCCAUCUCAUUGGAUAUCAAUAUGUCGUAACAUGGUUCUUGCUAUGUCAACAAGGAGAACUGAACAUAAUAAAAAUAUAGUAAAGGAUCCGUCAAAUGAUCCAGAUGGUGACACAAGGAUAAAUUUUGGAGAAGAUGAUGAAACCAUGGUUUCUAGCUCCGAAGGCAUGCCAGGACAAGGCUAUAAAUUUGAAUCUGCCAGCAUAAUGCCUAAUAGGGAGAAACACCUCAGAUAUCGAACCAGGGUUUUUGCUGCUGAGUGUUUGAGUCAUCUACCCAGAGCUGUGGGAAAGAAUCCAGCUCAUUUUGACCUCUCUUUGGCAAGGAAACAAUCUGCGAAUGGACAAGUUUCUUGUGAUUGGCUAGUACUCCAUGUACAAGAGUUAAUAUCACUUGCUUAUCAGAUAAGCACAAUCCAGUUUGAAAACAUGCAGCCAAUUGGUGUCGGGCUUCUGAGUACAAUUAUGGAUAAGUUUGAAAGGGUACCUGAUCCUGAGCUUCCAGGACACCUUCUACUUGAACAGUAUCAGGCCCAACUGGUAUCUGCAGUUCGCACUGCCUUGGACACAUCUGCAGGCCCUAUUCUAUUGGAGGCAGGCUUACAGCUGGCUACUAAGAUACUGACAAGCGGAAUAAUUAGUGGUGAUCAAGGUGCAGUUAAACGCAUAUUUUCCUUGAUUUCACGCCCAUUGAAUGAGUUCAAGGAACUCUAUUAUCCUUCUUUUGCUGAAUGGGUCUCAUGCAAGAUCAAGAUAAGACUUCUGGCUGCUCAUGCCUCUCUCAAGUGUUAUACAUAUGCAUUUUUGAGGAGACACCAUAGUGGGAUUCCAGAUGAAUAUCUAGCAUUGUUACCUUUAUUUUCAAAGAGUUCAAGUAUACUGGGGAAGUACUGGAUCCGGGUAUUGAAGGAUUACAGCUAUAUUUGCCUUUGUUUGCAUCUCAAGAAGAAUUGGAACCCGUUCCUUGAUGGAAUCCAAUCGCCUUUGGUUUCUUCAAAGUUGCAGCCUUGUUUGGAAGAAUCCUGGCCAGUAAUUUUGCAAGCACUUGUACUGGAUGCAGUUCCUCUGAAUCUUGAAGCCAUUGAACAUUCCACAGACACUGUUGAGAAUAUGGCAAGAAGCUUAGUAUCUGGGUAUAGCAUGGUUGAACUAGAGUUAGGAGAAUUUAGGUUUCUAUGGGGCUUUGCUCUGCUUGUUCUUUUUCAGGGACAGCAUCUAACACUUGGUGAAUCUAAAUUGUCGUUAACAUUUGCUAAAGCAAUACAUGCCGAAGACUCACCAAUUGAAGAAAUGGAUCCCCCAGGGUUGAACUUAUAUGAAAUUGUGCUACCGGUGUUCCAGUGUCUCUCUACUGAAAGAUUUUUUAGUGCUGGAUUUCUUACUAUGGAUAUUAGCAGAGAAUUGUUGCAGGUGUUAUCAUACUGCACAUACAUGGAUAAUUCAUUUAACAGUCUUGCAAUAUCUGUUCUAUCACAGAUUGUGCAGAACUGCCCUGAAGAAUUUCUUGAAGCAGAAAAUUUUUCUUACAUGACAAUGGAACUUUGUUUGGCUUACCUCUUUAAAAUGUUUCAAUGUACCAGUGCAACUUCACCAGAUCAGCCAAACUGGGUGGAAUUGAUCUCAACAUUACUUUUUACUGCAAAGACACUGUUGAAGCGUUUUGAAACUAAGUUGCAGAAGCAGUUGGAAUCAGUGGUGUUGGCGUUUCUUUUAAUUGGUUACAGGUGCAUUAGAGAAGCCCCUACUGAAUUAUGCUUCUCCAAAGUUAUUGAUUUUGUCAAGUGCACUACUUUGUCAUUGGAGAAACUUAUUGGUGAUAAUUCAAAACUCGGUGACGAUGGUAUACUCCAUCUCAGAACAGUUAUUGGGACUUGUCUGGAUGUGAUUACUAAUUUGGCUACGGAUUUCAUUGAGGACAUCCAUCUGCUGGAGUAUAAGAGAUCUGACUUGCGAAAACUACAUCAAAUGAAAAUUGCUUUCUCAGUUGAACAAACUAUAUCAUUUGCCAAGCUGGUUCAUGAAAUUGAAGGUCUUGACGAGAGUGAAGGCAGCGAUCCCGUCUAUUUUACGCUGUUCAAGUGUUGCACUGAAUGCAUCCGAACAUUACUCACUGAUUCAAGUAUACUGGUUCAAUCAAUUGGUUUACAAGUGCUUAAAAGUAGUGUACAGAAAGGCACCAUUGAAAACAGUGCUUUUGUAAUAUUUUUGGUUGGAGAGCAUAUUAGAGAUAUUUUCACCAUAAUCCAGAAGACAUUAAAGAAACCUCUAACCAAAGAAUCAGUAACUAUUGUCAGUGAGUGCUUGAGAAUCUUAGUGCUCCUUCAGACACUGUCCAAAGGUAGUGAAUCUCAGAGAAGUUUUAUGAAUUUGCUUUUUGAAGCCAUCAUCAUGGUUUUCUUGGCAACAGAAGAUGGAAUUUCUAAGGAAGUCGGUGACAUAAGAAGCAUCUCUGUAAAGCUUGUUUCUCACCUAGCUCAAAUCCCUUCCUCAGCAGUUCACUUCAAGGAUGUCCUGUUGUCAAUGCCUCCAAUGCACAGGCAGCAACUUCAGGGGGUUAUUCGUGCUUCUGUAACACAAGAUCAUGAUGCAACACAAAUGAAGGCUGUGACACCAUCGUUAGAGAUAAAAUUACCAAUUUUGACAGAUGGAAGUAGGGAAAAACAAUCCCCACCAUUGGCCACCGCGAUACACUCGGAUAGCAUGGAAGAGGAUGAAGAGGAUGAGGAUGACUGGGAUAAUUUCCAGUCUUUUCCUGCGUCUACAAAUCCAGCUGGAAAUGACUCAAAAGUAGAGAGUGUUGCUAAAGACCCUGGCCUGGUUCAAAAUUCUUCUGAUCUGAAAAAUAAUACUGGAAGUGAUGACUUUCAAGAACACUCUACUUCCCAACCUCACAACAAUGUGAAAGAGAUCAACAAUGCAGAGCAUCAAGAGGCUGGUGAAGAAGUCAUAUCUGAUAGGCCUGGCAGUCCGGUGUCUCUGCAGAGUGAUGCACCAAGUGGUGGAAUUGGGAUGCAUGAAGCCAGUGAUUUCCAAACUAACGAUAGUAUUAAGCCAUGUGAUGAUCAGCCUGAGGAAAAAGAGGAAGUGGUUCAAAGCCAAGAGAGAGAUGAAACGGUAGUUUCAAGCCACGAGAAUGAAAAAAUAUCAUCAGAUCUUCAACAUGAAGUGAGAAAUGAGAACCCAGAUAACAAUGUUGAUCAGAUAUUAGCAGAUUCUCUGCCUCUUGAAGACAUUUGUAAUGAAACUCAUGGAGAAGGAAAUCGAGAAAACGAAGAGAAAACCACAUGAAGAUGCCAGAAAGAAAAUGAUGGCUGAAAAUAAUAGCAGUGACCACUGGCAACAAGAGACGAGGUGUAUGAAAUUAUUAAAUUGCGAAAUUGUAGCUUUUCUCUUACUCCCGCGUAAAAAUAUAAGAGUACGCCGGCUAAAAAGGACGAGGAAGUUUGUACUUUCAAUGCAUUAGUUGUUUUAUUAUUAAGAGAAUUAGUAUAGCGAACUCAAUAUUGAACUAAAGCAUGUUACCUUUUAAACAAUUUGUGAGAGAGGGAGUCCGUUUUAUUCAAUUUUCUCUACGUUUUCUUCUAA